AUGUUAUUUUUUACGCUGCUUGUUGCCUUUAUCGGCCUUUUGCAGAGCGUUGUCGGCUCUGAAGGUCCUGGAGUAGCCGCGCGAGAUCUCGCCCACAUUGAGCGAGCCAUCGAAUCUAGGAGCUGGGUGGAAGAUAUCUGGAAGGAUUUCGAGGAUAGUGCGUCGUGUGCGGGUUGUCAGACGCUCUUGGUCGCGCUUAAAGGCCUUGCGCUCUUAGGCGACCAGGCUUUAAUUGACGUUCUUCAGGAGAUUUGCAAGCUGUCUGGAGCCGAAGACGACGACGUCUGUGAUGGAGCUAUCCAGCUUGAGGGGCCCAUCAUUGCCAAGGCAAUUAGAGGCAUGACCAUCGGGUCCAGGACUUCCAAAGAGUUCUGCAUUACCUUUCUCGGGAUUUGCGAAUAUCCGGAUGUGAGGCAAUGGUCUGUCCCCUUCCCAUCCACGAAGCCCACCACUGGUCGUCCUGCACCCAGCGGCCGGGAUCCGAUCAAGGUGGUUCACUACUCCGAUAUCCACAUUGAUCCCCUCUAUGUUGAGGGAUCGAAUGCCAAGUGUACCAAGCCCAUCUGCUGCAGGCCGUACACCGCAGCAGAUAAGCCUGGUAACACCAGCUCGCCUGCUGGACCCAACGGAGACCACAACUGCGAUGUUCCUAUCAGCCUCGAGGAGAGCAUGUAUGCUGCAAUCAACGAUAUCGUCCCAGAUGUGGCAUUCACAAUCUUCACGGGAGAUAUUGUUGAUCAUGCAGUCUGGAACACAAGCCAGCCCUAUAACAUGGAACAGAUAACCCACGCCUACCAAAUGAUGAGCCAGAAGCUCAGCAUUGUAUACGGAACCGCUGGUAAUCACGAAGCCAAUCCCGCCAACGCCUUCCAGCCCAAUUCGGUUGGCAAUGUAAGCCAGUGGAUCUACGACCUGUUGUCGGGACUCUGGUCCGGCUGGAUCGAUGUCGAAGCCGUCGCCGACACAGAGAAGCUGGGCGCCUACUCAACCCGGUACCCGGACGGCAACCUGCGCGUCAUCUCUCUCAACACCAACAUGAACUAUCGCGGAAACUACUGGCUGUACCAGAAGACCAUGAUCCAGGACCCCAGUGACCAAAUCACCUGGCUCGUGAAGGAGCUUGAUGCCGCGGAGAAGGCGGGGGAGCGUGUGUAUCUUGUGGGCCACAUGCCUCUCGGAGACCAGAAUUGCUUCCACGACCAGUCAAACUAUCUCGACCAAGUCGUUUCCCGGUACUCGGCGACCAUUGUAGCCAUGUUCUUCGGACACACGCACAAAGACCACUUCCAAAUCAGCUACGCCGACUAUUCGGACCAAAAGUUCUCCAACGCUCUCGUCACCUCUUACAUCGGCCCCUCUCUGACUCCCACCUCGGGCAUGCCAUCGUUCCGAGUCUACGAUGUCGACCCCGUCACUUUCGGCAUCCUCGACUCAACAACAUACAUUGCCGACAUGACCAGUCCAGCCUUCCAGACCACCGGCCCCGUGUGGACAAAGUACUACUCCGCCAAAGAGGCUUACGGCUCACUUCUCACCCCGCCAGUUACCGACUCGGGCGCCGAGCUCACCGCCGCCUUCUGGCACAACGUCACUGCCCUCCUUGACUCCGACGAUACCGCAUUUGAGGCGUACCUCGCACGCAAGAGCCGCGGCUGGAGCCCCGAGACUUGCACUGGGUCGUGCAAAACCGAGGAGAUUUGCGCGCUGAGGGCCGCGCGCAGCGAGGACAACUGCUACGAACCGGUCCUGGGCGUCAACUUCAACAAGCGGAGCGAGAACCGCGUCGAAGAGCGAGACGAGUGUGGGAUUUCGGUGGCAAGGGCGACAUUUGCGGCCUUGGGAGUGAAGAAGGAGAUGCUGGAUGUGCUGCAGAGGAGGCUUAUUGAAGAGGAGCGGAAAGUCCGGUUGUGAGUGCCGAGACUUAGAGAGUUUUAACGCAAGUGAUAAUGAAUCUAGAUUAGGG